CGGGCGGUUGGCGGCGCCCCGCCCCGCUCUCGCGCCUUCCUGCGGCGCUGCGUCACUUCCCCGGGGGCCAGCGCGAGGAGAAGAUGGCGGCGCUAGGCGAGCCGGUGCGGCUGGAGCGAGAUAUAUGCAGAGCAAUUGAGUUGCUGGAAAAAUUACAGAGAAGUGGAGAAGUGCCACCACAAAAACUACAGGCUUUGCAAAGGGUCCUUCAAAGUGAAUUCUGUAAUGCUGUGAGGGAGGUGUAUGAACACGUAUAUGAAACAGUGGACAUCAGCAGUAGCCCAGAAGUUAGAGCUAAUGCAACAGCAAAGGCCACCGUAGCUGCAUUUGCUGCCAGUGAAGGCCAUUCCCAUCCCAGAGUGGUUGAACUGCCAAAAACUGAAGAAGGUCUUGGAUUCAACAUUAUGGGAGGCAAAGAACAAAAUUCUCCAAUCUAUAUCUCUCGAAUUAUCCCAGGCGGUAUAGCUGAUAGACAUGGGGGCCUGAAACGUGGAGACCAGCUUCUUUCUGUAAACGGAGUGAGUGUUGAAGGUGAACACCAUGAAAAAGCAGUAGAACUGCUGAAAGCGGCUCAAGGAAAGGUUAAAUUAGUUGUACGAUACACACCAAAGGUUCUGGAAGAAAUGGAGUCAAGAUUUGAAAAAAUGAGAUCAGCAAAACGCAGGCAGCAAAACUAACUUUGUAUGUAAUAAUUUAAAGAGAAAAUAUAUCCUGUUACAUUUUAUAAUUUGCUUUGUGACUCAGUUGAUCUACUGUCUGGGCUACAAAAGACAUUUGUUUCCAUAGAAUCACAGAGUUGUUGAGGUUGGAAGGGAUCUCGAGAUCAUCUGGUUCAACCUCCUGCUCAAAGGAGGGUCAGCUAGAGCAGGUUGCUCAAGGCUAUGUUCAGUCAGGUUUUGAACAUCCCCAAGGAUGGAGAUUCCACAGACUCUUUGGGCAACCUGGUCCAGUGUUCAGCCACUCUCACAGUUUAAAAAAAAAAAAAAAGAAAAGUUCUUUGUUUAAACAGAAUUUCCUGCAUUUCAGUUUGUGUCCAUUGCCUUUUAUCCUUUCACUUGGCACUACUGAGAAGAGUCUGGCUCCAUCUUCUUUAUGCCCUCCCGUAAGAUAUUUAUGGACACUGGUAAGAUCCCCCAGAGCCUUCUCUUCUCCAGGCUGAACAAUCCUAGGUCUCUCAGCCUCUCCUCAUAUGUCAGAUGCUCCAAUUGCUUAAUCAUCUUUGUGGCCCUUUGCUGGACUUGCUCCAGUAAGUCCAUGUCUCCCUUGUCAUGGAGAUCACAGAAUUGGACAGAGCACUCCAGAUGUAGUUCCACCAGUACUGAGUACAGGGGAAGGAUCACCUCCCUGGAGCUGCUGGCAAUGCUUUGCCUAACGCAGCCCAGGAGGCUGUCAGCUGCCUUUGUUGCAAGGGCAUGUUGCUGGCUCAUGGUCAGGUUGUCCACCAGGACCUGCUGGUCCUUCUCUGCAAAGCUGCUGUCUAGCCAGUGGAGUGUAUGGGGUUAUUCCUCCCCAGGAGCAGGAUUUUGCACUUCCCUUUGAACUUCAUGAAGUUCUUCUCUGCCUGUUUCUCCAGCCUGUCAAGGUCCCUCUGAAUGGCAGCCCAGUCAUUCCUCCCAGUUUGGUAUCAUCUGCAAACUUGCUGGAGGUGCAGUCUAUCCCAUCAUCCAGGUCACUAAUGAAGAUGCUGAGCAGUAUUGGCCCUAGUAUCAACCCCUGGCGCACAUCACUAGUGACUGGCUUCUGGCUGGACUUUGUGCAGCUGAUCCUAACUCUUUAAAACUGCCUUUUUCAAAAUGUUUUGUUUUCAGUUUCCAUGUGGUUUUCACUGUUUAACAAUCUGUACUUUUAAAAUGGCCUAAAAUAUGCUGAAAAAGCAUGCAUGUUGAUAAUUCUGUUGAGUCGAUUUUUAUAAAUCUUUUUCAGGUUAGAACCUUUAAGCAUGAAGCAAACUUACAGGUUUUUCAAAGGCAUUUAAUAAGAGAGAUUUCUACAGUUGACAUCCUUUUUUUACCCUGCUUUGUUUUGGCAUUAUUUAAAACUGAAUCCACAGGUUUUUUUGCUAAAUGAUUUUGGAAGCAAAGAUUAUGUAGCAGGAUUUUGGCACUUUUCUUAGAACAUGUUGUAUAUCAACUGCAAAAACCUAGUCAUGAUCUACUGUGUAGCUGAUAAUGAUACUAGAUUUUGUAAAUUGUUGGUGAGUACAUUAUUUUUACACUUCUGCUAAAUCAUAACUCGUUACUCUGGAAAUUUUAUUACCUCACCUGUAAAUAAUUUACAGUUGGUGUUCAUUUAUAAUGACUUUGUAAUAGCUGUCAUUUACAAAUUUGCAGCAAUCAUUCCUGUAAUUUAUAUUAUUUUGUACUAAUUUUGGAGCAGUUAGGGGAAAAAUACAUAAUUGUGAUUGCAGUUCCGGAUUGACUCUAAAUGUAUUUUUGUAUUCAGAAAAAAGCAAAAUAUGUUAAUGCAGUGCAAAAGGAAUUCCAGAUGUUUCCCUGACUUUCAGCUAUUUUUUAAAAAACACAUUCAUCUUAAUUGUCAUACCUCUGUUGCGCUUUCAGUAUGUUCAGUUGUAAUCUUCGCUUGAAGGGUGACUGUGCAAGAUUUGGAAUAGUUAGUACCUAAAUUACUGUCAUGUUUGUAAGAGUAAAAAUUUCUAAGGCUUAUAUGCCAAGCUACACUGACAUUUGAACUUGUCUGGGAUUUAUCACUGACUGCUUCUGAUUUGGAGGGUUCUCGUUUGUACUGCAGAAGUAGUAGCAUAAACACGCAUAUAAAACUUGAUAUGGAAUGAUGCUGUGAAUAGUAAGGAAAUCUCCCGGUAGAAGCAAUUAAUGUCUUGUCUUAAAGCGUGUUUGAUGGAAGCAUUGUUUUUGUAUGCCAUAUUGAAGAAACUGUUUUUCUGGGUGGUAGGACACUUUUUGGAAUCUACCAGGUUUAGGGCUGUGCUUGUGUAGUUUUUAAAAAACAAACAACAACAAAAAAAAACGCCCAAACCCUUUGGUAUAUAUCUAGAAUUAACUUGAUUGUCUACUGAGUAGCUGUUCACUUGCAAGGCAGCUAUGACUGCAUCCUAAUGACUGUUAGUAAGUUGAUUCUUAGAGGCUUACACUGAAAAGUGCAGCUCUUACUACAUGGCUAAUCUCUUGUCUCUUCUUGUGGAGCAGUAUGAUGUGCUGUGAAUUUAAUUCAGUACAUGAAAGAAAGUAAAAGGGUAAAGAUCUAAAUAAGACAGCAUGAGUUUUGUGCUUUGCCAGUUGAUCUAUUGGAAAAAUAAUCACAAGAUUGUUACAGACAAGUGAGAAACGUGGUUGCUUUCUGCAUGUUUGUAAGCGUGGUGAGCCUGCAAAGAGAAAAUUGGAUUUUAAAGAUGCUGAUAAUUUGAAAAUGCAAUAUAAAUAUUUAUCAGUUAGAUGACAUUGAGCACUGAAUUGCAUGGUUGAGUAUCUGUCAUAGGCCUCUUUCAAAAGGCUUCAUGUUACUGAUAGGACCAUGUCGUUGAAUUGUAUAUUUUUAUGGAACAACUAAUGUUUGAAGUAUUGAGACCAAAAUGACUAGUUAGACCAAUCAUGGAUGUGUUUUAAUUUAAUUGUAAAAUAGUAGAGAUUUGUUUUAGAGAGAGAGAAAUAUAUAUAUAUUAAAAAAAUGUAUGGGUACAGGAUAGAAAUGUGUGUUUUAAGACCUGUAUCCCUUGUGUUACUGAACAAAAGCGGUGUUUUUUGUUACUCUAAAGAAGUAUUUAGUUUACUGCUAAAUGCAGUAGCAUUUUUAUUACAAAUUGUAGCAUUUGGAUACAGUUUGUCUGUGAAAUACUACAAAAUACGGGGGGGCUUAUCCAGAUGUAAAGCUGUUAUAUAUGUAGAAUUUCAUUAAAAGUUUCUAAAUGGCAACAACAAAAAACUCCCAAUAAACAGACAACUCAUUAAAAGUCAUCUUUAAUACUAUGAAAACCUUGUAAUAUUAUGGAAAGGGUGGAUGAAAAUAUACCGAGAAACUCAAUCUUUGUUACUACUGAGCAGUGCCUGUACUGUUUUAAUAUGCAGUCCCUACACACUUGAUGUACUGAGUAUGUGAACAAGUUAAGAGGGAUCAUUUUUGCAGAUAACUUCUGCGUCUGUUGCUGCUGUGAGGGAUCUCUGGGUUUUAUCAACAGGAAAAUAAAAGUUGAAUUUCA